UCUAUCAAAUGAAAAUGGUAGUAGCAAGGAAAGGAUGAGUAGGAAGAAGAACUAUGAUGAUGACACAAAAGAGUACAAAUCCAAGAAUCUUGAGACUGAAAGGAGGAGGAGGGAAAGGCUAAGUAGCAGGCUCUUGAUGCUGCGCUCUUUAGUACCUAUCAUCACAAAUAUGAAUAAAGCAACAAUUAUUGAAGAUGCUAUCACCUACAUCAUGAAGCUGCAAGACAAAGUCCAUAGUCUCAGUCAAGAGCUUCACCAAAUGGAAGCAACCUCGAAGGAAACAGCAGAGACAAAAAUGGAUGAAAUUGAUGCUGUUGAUGAUAUGAAAAAUUGGGGGAUACAGGCAGAGGUUAGAGUGGCACACAUAGAUGUGAAUAAACUCUGGGUCAAGAUCAUCAUUGAGAAGAAGCGGGGAAGAUUCAAGAAAUUGAUGGAGGCCCUGAACAAUUUCGGCAUUGAGUUUAUAGAAACCAAUCUCACAACCAUAAAAGGAGCUGUUCUGAUUACCAGCUGCAUACAGGUGAUUCUGUGAAAGAAUAAUCAAACUUGUUUUUUACUACCAGUAAUUAUGAUUUCAUCUCAGCAAGAGUAGCAUGCACGCUUUGUUAUCAAACCCAGAAGAAGAGA